AUGGAUGUCUCACACCCAGCCUAUCGUUACACCCACGGAACUCGCGAGAAUCAAACCAUUACACCAGGCGUCGAUAACCUUGGCCCCAGCUCACCGGGCGGCGGAAUUAGCGGAAUCGCUCUAGGAAUCGCAAAUACACACAGUCGCCAGAGCGGCAUCGACGCAUCUCGAGGCAUAAACGACGGAUACACCGGCCCGGCCGAGCGCGAUUAUAACACAACCGGCUCAGACACACCCUACGUGCCCUCAGCAGGGUAUACCAGCUAUACCAGCGCCGACUCCUUUCGUCCCGAACACGCUCACGCUUUGAAUAUGGCGAGGGGCGGCCCGGUUGCCUCGCCAGCCAUGCAGACUCCCAGUCAAUCGUCGGUACAUCUGAGUGAUCCUGCGCACAGCACAUACCAAUACCCCGCGCCGUAUUCGGGUCUCACUGAUGGGCCGUACCAGCGACACUCCACGGCAUACAGUAAUGGUGAGAUGUCGAAUAUUAAUCCCGACGACAUCGCCGACGAUGGAGAUGAGGACUUUGGUCCUCCACGCAAUCGAGCGACACCUGCUGCAGCUGGCGCAGCUGCUGGCGCAGCUGGCGGUGGUCUUCUAAAAGGAUUCCUUGGUCGCGAGAAGAACGUUGAUGUCGCGUAUAACUCGGUUCCCGGCGGUGGGUUGGAGGGUGGCGGUAAGGGGGCGUCGGGGAGAUCUGCAGGUAAUGGAACCGAGGGGCGCAAGAAGAUGGGCUGGAUUGUCGGUCUUGUUCUUGCGUUUGUAAUUGUGGGUGCGAUCGUCGGUGGUGCGGUGGGUGGUACGAUUGGAAGCCGGCAUAAGGAGGACAAGUCCAAGACUGCCGAAGAAGGAACUGCUACGGGUGAUGCGAAGACCAAUGGCGACCUCGACAAAGAUUCCUCCGAGAUCAAGGCCCUGAUGGGCAACAAGGAUCUCCACAAGGUCUUCCCUGGAAUGGACUACACGCCGUGGGGCGUGCAAUACCCCGACUGUGUGAAGUGGCCUCCGUCGCAGAAUAACGUCACUCGUGACAUGGCUGUUCUGUCUCAGUUGACCAACACAGUGCGUCUUUACGGUACCGACUGCAAUCAGACUGAGAUGGUUCUUCAUGCGAUCGAUCGUCUCGAGCUGAAGGAUAUCAAACUUUGGCUCGGCGUAUGGAUUGACACCAACACCACCACUACCGAACGACAGAUCAAGCACCUCUACAAACUCCUGGAUGACUCCAAGGACACAUCCAUCUACAAGGGUGUCAUUGUUGGCAACGAAGCCCUCUUCCGCGCCGGCAAAGACAAGGCGACUGCCCAGACAACCCUAAUCUCGUACAUCAAAGAUGUCACGAAAGAGGUCAAGAAGCGCAACCUGGAUGACCUAUUGAUUGCCACCUCGGACCUCGGUGAUAACUGGAAUUCGGAGCUAGUGGACGAAGUGGAUGUCGUCAUGUCCAACGUCCAUCCCUUCUUCGCCGGUGUCAAUGUCACCGACGCUGCUGCCUGGACAUGGAAUUUCUGGGAUACCCAUGACGUCUCCUUGACUGAGGGCACGAACAAGAAGCAGAUCAUCUCAGAAGUCGGAUGGCCUAGUGGAGGUGGCAAGGACUGCGGUGAUAGCGAGGUCUGCGACGACGACACGCCUGGUUCUGUCGCCAGUAUCGACAACCUGAACCUUUUCAUGGCUGACUGGAUUUGUCCGGCGUUGGAAAAUGGAACGGAUUAUUUCUGGUUCGAGGCUUUCGACGAACCAUGGAAAAUCCAGUUCAACACGCCUGGGAAAGAGGAAUGGGAGGACAAAUGGGGUCUGAUGGAUGCCGGACGCAAACUCAAGAAGGGUCUCAAGAUCCCAGAUUGCGGUGGCAAGACUGCCUCUUGA